AUGAAACUCCCAUCAGUAACUCUCAACUAGCACAUGGUGAUCCAUCUCUAAUGAACCCGUUAACCAGCGCUCUGAUCUCAGUUGUGGUCGUUCUGGGCGGAGUCAGUGUGGGCUUCUUCUUCUUGUCGCUCCGCCUCCUSCAGAAGUCCCGCCUCCAAAGAACUGCAGCCUCAGGAGUCAUGAACCCAAACUUUAAAUGAUAUUAAUAUUAAUUAUACCAAACUGUCUUCUUAUAGCUCUUAUCCUGAUAUUACGUGUUAUAUAUGACAUGUUUUAGGUAUUUAUUACAUUUAAUACCUCAUUAAAAAAAGAUAUCAGUUUUGGUCAGUAGAUGUGCUAUAAAAUGAAAAAUAAAUAA